GCCAAAAACGAACGUAGAGACUGCCAAAAUUUACGAAAAUUACGAACAUUUUAGCGUUCUGAAGCGAUGUCUGCGCUUUUUCGCCUAACCAGCCGCGCCGUGGCGCUUCAGCGCUCUGUGGCGCUCAAUCAAGCGAUUGCUUUGCGUGCGUGCCGCAGCAUCAACACGUCGCCGAAGAAGGACGAGACGGUUGCAGCACCAGCCAGCGUUACAACCGAAGACUUUGCCAAUCCCAGCCCUAAAAAUUGGAUGAGCUAUGGCUUUGACUACAAAACCGAAGCGGAGGAUCGCAAGGCAACCAAGUCCACAUUCUUUGUUACUGUGACACUCUGCCUGGUAUGGGGAACAUUCUACUGGGCAUAUUUGCCCGACACGCAACUUCGCAGCUGGGCACAACGCGAAGGUUUCCUCGAGCUGCGUCGCCGCGAACAGGCAGGCAUUGAUUUGGUCAGCCCCGACUACGUGGACAAAGCUAGCAUAGUGCUGCCUUCCGACGAGGAUCUCGGCAAUACGGAAAUUAUCAUUUAAACAAUUAGUGCACUAUCCCUUAGUUUGUUUUGUAAGCGAAUGUUAUGUAAUUGCGAAAAGCUGGUGUCCAAAAUGCUGCCUCGCUCAUCAGGCCUGUCAAUAAAAUUGCAUAUUACGGCAUGAAA